GAAAAGUCAAGACGAAUACAGCAACUCAUGUCACAAUCGAUACCCACUUCAUCUGAUCAUACAAUCAUAAUGAAAGAUAAUGAACGAUCAUAUUAUAAUAAAGAAAAGAAUAUUUUAGGAUGUAUCCAUUAUCAACGCAACAUCAAGAUUCAAGCCAACUGUUGUCAAAAAAUCUUUCCAUGUCGAUUAUGUCAUGAUGCCAAUAGUGAUCAUUUUAUCAUCCGGUCAGAAACCAAAAAGAUGCUUUGUAUGGAAUGUUUCACUCUUCAACCUGUAGGACAAUGGUGUACUAGUUGUGGUACUAAGGCUGCUAGAUACUAUUGUAACAAAUGUCAAUUCUGGGAUGAUUCAGAUAAAUCGAUUUAUCAUUGUGAUGAUUGUGGCAUGUGUCGUCAAGGGAAAGGCUUAGGAAUUGAUUUCCAUCAUUGUAAAACCUGUAACGUUUGUAUGGAGAUUGCCAUUAAGGAUACUCAUAAAUGUAUCGAACAUAAUCUAGAAUGUGAUUGUCCUAUCUGUGGUGAAUACAUGUUUACAAGUACAAUCCCCGUUAUUGUCAUGGCCUGUGGUCAUGGUAUCCAUAAACCUUGUUAUAAAAAGCAUAUUCAAUCUUCCUAUCAAUGUCCUAUCUGUUUAAAAUCCUUAGGUGAUAUGUCCUUGUACUUUCAACAACUAGAAAAAGAGUUGGAUUGUCAACCUAUGCCAGAAGCCUAUCGAUAUCACUCCUCCUUAAUCUUUUGUAAUGAUUGUGAAAACAAAUCCAAUACUCCAUACCACUUCUUUCAUCAUCGCUGUCAAAUAUGUUUUAGUUUUAAUACCACGGUACUGAAAACCAUCAUUUUAGAUAAAACAUGUUCUACAUAGUAAAAUAUCUUGUAA